GAGCGAGUACGAAACAUACCGCGUUAUAGGCAGCUAUACAUACGUAAGUACUGGACUGGACGUCGAGAUCGUGACAAUAAUUCCCCUUCUAGGAAGUGCGACCAGAGAGGGCCAAGGAAACAGCUGUUCUGCUGGAUGGUUGCUUUGACAGUGAGGUCGAAGGAUAAGCGAAUGUUUUAUCUACACUUCACGCUUUUAAAUGAUAUCGCGAAUAUUCCGUGGCGAAAAUGAGAAUGUCGCAGUCAAGAGAAAACGGCAGAUCGACACGCUGAAAAUCUUUAACGACAAUGUGGUAGAAUUAAGGGAAGAUGUCGAAUAUCAGGUACAAUUCAACGCUGGGGAAAGGAGAAUGGCUAUCAUGGUCUCUUUGUCACCGGAGUUUCCGUUGGAAAAGCCAGUGCUUAGGGUUUCUCCACCUGUGAAUCAUCCUUGGUGCAACGAAUACAGUGAAAUCACAAGUGCGCCGGGACUACUUAACUUUACAGUGCACAGCGAUCUUGGUCGAGUUGUUCAAGCAAUUAUCAGAGAGUUCAGUAAAAAUCCUCCGCAAUUACUGGAAGAUGUCUCUCCAGGACCUGUUACAUCGCAUAGAGAUUUACAAGGAAGAAAUUCCCCGUCGUACUCCCUGCAACACUACUCCGAAAUCCCGCAGACAUCGUUCAAUUCUUAUCAUGCCACGCAGUACCCACAAUUCUCGUCAGCUAGUACAAGUUCUUGUAUUUAUAAUUAUAAUCAAACAAAUGCAGGCACCCAGUAUGCCAUGGACGGAUGCACAAAAUUCGGGUCACCAUCGCAGCAUUCGUAUAAUCUCUCUGGCUCUAGGAACCAGUCGUUACAUGUCAGCGACCCAACAAGAUACAAUUCCAACCAAGGAUCGUAUUUGAAUUCACAUUACGUGAACGCGAACUAUCAUCAACACUCGUUGACGAAUCAGCUGCAGACCAAAGCUCCGCAGAGCGUUGUGUUUCCAGAACUGAACAACUUGAGCAAUGAGGAAUUGAAGCGACUCAGCGAGGACGACGAUAGGUUGGACGAGUUCUUGAACAAACAUUCCGAGCUGAAAGACGUUCACGCAUCCAUCGACGACGCGAUAGAUUGGGUCCAAAAAACUGCCGAGACCAACAUUGUCAAAGAACCUGAGCUUAGAGAAUUGCAGUCUGACGUAGCGAAUAAAGUGCAGACUGUUGCUGCACUGAAGGCUAGAUACGAUCAGCUGAUACAACGAUACAAUAAACUGUCCGAGGUGUUCACUCCGGACCAUAUAAAGGAAUGUCUGAGAAAGGCGGCAGACGAGAGCCACGAAGAAAGCGAACGGAUUGCCGAAGAUUUUCUCAAUAGGAAAAUAGACGUGGAACGUUUCCUCGGCACGUACAUUGAGUGUCGGAAGUUGGGUCAAGCGCGGAGAACCAAGGAGGAGAAGCUGGCGCAUCAGUUGAACGAAUUGAAACGGGCCGGUUAUUAAAAGCAUAACAGCAGCGUGUAUAAUCGUCAGUUUUUUUUUUUUUUCUAUCAAAUCGAACAAACUGUGUAAAUAACGCCUAGUUAAAUUAAACGAUACUGUGAAUUCGAAUGGCAUUCGUGUUUACCAGAAAAAUUUACGAAAUGCAGACAAAAAUAUAUUCUACUAUAAUGGCUAAGGCACCUCGCUGACAGAGAAACACUUUUACAACAUAAUGCUACGUUACAUCACACCGCUUGCUACAUAUCGGAGCUGAGUCGAAAUUAGUUCGAUACACCGUGUUCAUGCAUUCCAAACGAAUGAUUGGAAAUAAAUUGUAGCUGGAAAUCGAUUCGAAAAAAUUGUUGUGCGCGCCUGAAAUGGUACGAUAAGAAAGAAAGAGAAGGGGGGGGACUGCGCGUCUGUGCGAAAGAGACUAAUAUAUGUGUGUAACCGCAGAGAUCGAUUCGAUUUCAGAUGUACUUAUCCUUCCGUGCAGAACGUAUUUGUUGAAUGGAAUUCAGCAUGUUUUCAUUGCGUAGCAUCUCUUUUACUAUGUAAAUUAGAAGAUGUGUGCGCGGGAAAACAACGGAUACGUAUUAGAACGGUAACGUUUUUUCAAAGAUUUUGCUAUUUCGGUGAUGUUAAUUACUUAUCCUAAGAAUGUUCCUAAUACAACGUAGAGAUUGGACAAAAGAAGAAACUACAGAAGCGUGUGCGAAGUUUGGAGAAUGUGAAUAUGCUUUCGUCUUUUUUCUAAAGAAAAAUUAUAGUGUGUAUGUAUUGUAA